AUGGAGAAGCUCAAGGGAAAGUUAGAACCCGAAACAAGCCAAAGUCAAGUGGAUGGUUUUGUUCAGGGAGAUUCCAAGGUUGAAGAAGCUGUAGAUUUUGUUUCAAAGGCACAAGGGUUGAAAGAAGAAGGUAACAAGUUGUUUCAGAGGAGAGAUUAUGAUGGUGCAAUGCUUAAAUACGGGGAAGCAAUCAAGAUACUCCCUAAAGAUCAUGUAGAGGUGGCUCAUGUUCGAGCUAAUAUGGCUUCGUGUUAUAUGCAAUUGGAUCCUGGAGAGUAUGCGAAAGCAAUCCAAGAAUGCGAUUUAGCACUUAGCAUCGCUCCUGACUAUAGCAAAGCAUUGUUGAAGAGGGCAAGAUGCUAUGAGGCCUUGAAUAAGUUAGAUUUGGCGUUGAAAGAUGUUUCUUUGGUCUCGAAACUGGAUCCAAAAAACCCCAUGGCGUCUGAUAUUGUCGAUAAGCUUAAGAAAACUUUGGAGAGCAAAGGGUUAAUGAUCAAAGAUUCAGUGAUAGAGCUGCCUCCGGAUUACGUUGAGCCUGCUGAGGCUUCCUCUGCACUGUGGGCACGAGCGAAGAAGAAGAAAAGAAGCAAUCAAGUGCAGGAGAAGAGUGAUGGUGAGAAUGCAGAGACGGAGAAGAAGAAUAACAACAAUCUUGCAGGUGAGAAGGGAAAGGAAAAGAUUAUCGAUAAGAAGAGCAAGAAGAAAGUGAAAGAGAAACAACAGGAGAAAGUGAUCGUUGAGGAUAAAAGUAUCGGAGAUGUGAAGAAGGCUGUGAAGUUUGUGUACUCUGAAGACAUUAGAUUGGCUGAGUUGCCUUUAAACUGCACUCUCUUUCAGCUUAGGGAAGUUGUUCACGAGCGUUUCCCAAGCUUAAGGGCGGUUCAUAUAAAGUACAAGGACCAAGAAGGAGAUUUAGUGACAAUCACAACAGAUGAAGAGCUAAGAAUGAGUGAGGUGUUAGCAAGGUCACUGAACACUGUGAGUAUGAGGUAUUAUGUAGUGGAAGUUAGUCCUGAGCAGGAUCCCUUUUUCGGAAGAUUAGUUGAGAUGAAGAAGCUCAAGAUAACCGCUGAUUCUUUUAAAUCAAAGGUAAACGGAAGAGGUACCAGUAAGAUUGAAGACUGGAUGGUUGAGUUUGCUCGGCUAUUUAAGGUCCAGGCCAGAGUUGAUCCUGAGACAUGCUUGAAUCUUCAAGAACUUGGGAUGAAACUGAAUUCAGAAGCUAUGGAGGAAGUGGUAACCUCUGAUGAAGCUCAAGGGCCUUUCGAAAAAGCAGCUCGGCAAUUCCAAGAAGUGGCAGCACGUUCAUUGUUAAAGCUGGGGAAUGUGCACAUGUCAGGGGCAAAGAAAAGGUUGAGCCUCCUGCGAGGUGUUUCUGGAGAAUCCGUUUCUGAGCAAGUUAAAACUGCUUAUGAAUGCGCUCAGAGAGAGCACGCAAAAGCAAAAGAGAAGUACGAAGAGGCCAUGAGGAUAAAACCGGAUUUGUUUGAAGUCUAUCUUGCGCUAGGUCUCCAGCAGUUUGAGGAAGCAAGACACUCGUGGUACUAUGUAAUUGUCAGUCACCUUGAUUUGAAAACAUGGCCAUAUGCAGCUGUGGUGCAGCUUUAUCAAAGCGCCGAAAGCAAUAUCAAAACGUCUAUGGAAGUGUUGAAAAAUCUGGGAUCCGAAGUACCAGGUAGCUCAACGCAAGAUAACACAGCAGAUGAAGCAGCAAAGUUGAAGUCUUGGCUAGAUGUUUUACUGUGUUCUGUACUUUAUGAGCGAUCAAUCAUGGAGUACAAACUCGACCUACCAACAUGGCAGGAGAGUUUAGAAGCUGCAGUGGAGAUAUUUGAGUUGGCUGCAACUUGUAAGGAGGAUGUUGAUGCGGUGAUAAGUGAUGAUCAUGUGGCAGACAGUCCUUUACGAGAUCUAAGGCUUCACAUGGAAGAGAUAAUACAGAUAUUUAACGAGAUAUAUGAAGCAAAACGAUGGAGAAAUGAGAUCCCUCCAGACCAGUUUGAGGAGAUAAUAAAGAGAAGGACUGGAAAUAUUGUUCAUGUGUCAAAUACAGAAAUCCAACGUGGUUGA